CCCCCAGAGCAGACGUGGCAAAAAGACGGUUUAAAGUCGCAGCUGUUAGCCGGAGCUCACCUGCGACCAUUAUUGCGUAUCACAUCAGGGGGGAUUUUAUUAUUAUAACCCGAGAACUUUCCUGUAUUUCAGACGCACAAUAAGCGCCAUGGCGUCCACUGCGAAUAGUAAUAAUAACGGUUCUGUGGGUAAAUGGGAGGUGGUGAAAAGGGGCAAGAAAAACAACAGCGCUGCUAAGAGUCAACCGGACAAGAAGUCCAGGAAAGCUCUGACCGAGACCAACUUUCCAAAAGUUAACCUUAACCUUAACCCAUCUGUAAAGAUGUCCGAGACAAUAUUCGAGAAUUUGGAAAAGAUGGGGAAGAAGCAGAGCAAGGAGCAGGUUCCUCCUCCUCCGGCUGAGACUCAACAGAAGAAGCAAAACACGGCAAAGCAGUCCAAGAAAUCCCAGCCCAACGCCAGCUCCAAACCGACCCACUACAAAACACUGGAGGAAGCUGUUAAAGCUCUGGAUGUUGGAGAGUUGAAGAAACAGUUGGAGAAAAGUCAAACCAUGUUUCCUGAGAACCCGUCUGUGUGGGUGAAGGAUCUGGCUGGGUACCUCAACAGCAAACUGCUCGCACCUGACCCCGAUGCCACGCUCAGCACCUAUGCUCAUGAUUACCCAUACUGCCUAGCUGGAAAGGAGCUGCGCAAUGUAAUUAAGAAUGUGAUGGGGAAAAGCGGCGACACCCAUCAAGAAUUUUUCAAUCACUGCAUGUUCUCCAUGCUCCAGGAGCUGGAUAGACCAACAAGUGAACCACUUCAUGGCUUCAGGAUGUGCAUCCAGGCCAUCAUGAUGAGCAAACCCAAAAUCGCCACCCACAACUUGACUGAACACCUGGAGCUGCUGCGCUCUAACCAGAACCGACCAGCCAAGUGUCUGAGCAUUAUGUGGGCUCUCGGACAAGCCGGUUUCUACGACCUGAGUCAAGGCAUACGAGUUUGGCUGGGCAUCAUGCUCCCUGUUCUAGGAGUGAAAACACUGUCUGCCUACGCCAUUGCGUACCUAGAGAGACUUCUCACGCUCCAUGCCAACCUGAUUAAAGGGUUUGGGGUUAUGGGCCCGAAAGAAUUCUUCCCCCUGCUGGAUUUUGCUUACAUGCCGAAAAACGCACUGCCAACAAGCCUGCAGGAGCAGUUGAGGAGACUCUACCCACGGCUGAAGGUUCUAGCGUUCGGAGGGAAACCGGAAUCUACGCUGCACACGUACUUCCCUUCGUUUCUCUCCAGAGCCACUCCCAACUGUCCCAAUAACAUGAAGGAAGAGUUGCUGAGCUGCCUGACCGAGUGCCUUUGUGUAGACGCUCAGAGUUUGGGUGUAUGGAGGCAACUUUACACCAAACACCUCACCCAGUCCAGCCUGUUACUGACUCACCUGCAGAGUAUAUGGAGCACACUCUCACCCAAGUUGCGUAGCAGCCUUCAGGAAACCAUUCAGUCUUUCAAGGUGACCAAUGAUGAGAUUAAAGCCACAGCUAACUUGAAGGACAUACAGGAAUGCAAUGCUGUUUGCAGUACUCUACAGAUGAAAAUACGCUCUCAGGGGUUCCCGUGGUCCCGGGUGUUGAUGGUACUGUUGGUCUUCAUCGCUGGGUUUAUCGCUCACGACGUAAGAUCUAACGGUGCGUUUGCCGACUCCACCACAGCGCUGUACCUGCAGAAGAGCGGAGUCACCGCCGUGUCCCAGCACACCUGGAGAAAGGUGUCCCAAUACAGCCAGCAUGGCGUCAGCUGGUUAGCUGAGACCAUGCCGUAUUAUUACUCUCUGGCUGUGGAGGCAGUGGGUCCGUCUUUGGAGACCGUUUUACAGAAGCUGAAGGUAGCUGCGGUCUUUAUUGCACAGAAAAGUUCUAACCUGUUCCUGUGGCUGCAGGAGAGCACACCACGACUUGUGGAACGGAUCAGCGCCAACACCCCAGAUAGUGUUUUCCAGUUUUUGGAGUUUAUAAAGGAGCUGCUGCUGUUUGUGCAUCAGAACUACAUUCUCCCCACCUUGCAUUACAUCAUUGCAGCUCUGCAGCAUCUUUGGCAGUCGCUGCAGGACUCCUGCAAUGGUGAAGUAUCGCUCCUUUGCAUGCAGAACCACGUGGUGGCGUUCACCAACAGCACAUGGAUUUACUUACAAGAUAAAACAACAGCCUUCGGAAGCUGGGCCCAAGAGCUGCUGUCCAAGGCGUGAUCCACAUCCUGAACACAGAACAGAGACUGUCUUUAUUCAUGUCUACCCUCUCGUACAGUACAGUAAAGACUGUAGGGACUCACAGAAUUACAUUCUGAUAUUUCUGUAUUCCUGAGGGUUCAACAGCAGGUCGAACACUUGCCUCUUCUGUUUUCUCGCCCUCCUCAACUCCACUACUAUUUGUGACUUCGCCCUCACCGCCAUGCCUCAAAUUCUGGACUUUUUAUAUGACCGAUAUCUCCCCACCCCCAAAAGAUUUUUGUACGUGUUCCUUUUCAUCUGUUGUGUUUUACUUAAGUGAUCGAAGAUACAAUAUUUAUUUUACAAAUGUAUUAGUAAAAAGGAAGGCUAAAAGUGAUAAUUGGAUAUGAAACCAGGGGGGCAUCUACAUUUUGCUGAAGUAAUAUCUGACAGAUCCUGUACAAUAAAGCUUAAAAUUUUAUGUGCUCAGUAAAUAUUAAUUUAAACACAUGGGUUUAAGCAUACAGCUACAAACUUACCGUAAAUUCAGAUUUUUUUUUUCCUUCUUUUUGUUUAAAGAUUGACCUGUUCUUAGCAACAGUUGAGAUUUCACUUUUAUGUGCCACCUUUAUGUGUAAACAAGCUGUUCUAGCGUAUAAAAAAAAAAGAGAGGUUUUUAUUUUAUUUUUUUCCUUUUAUCUGUCAACCAUUGGUUAAAAUGUCAGAGCAUGCCAAGAUUUAGCCUAAUAUAGAAACUCAUUCAUGAGCACUAUUUGAUUUAUGGAUCAUUGUAGGACUGCUGAGUUGUUGAUUUUUAUUUGGUGGUCAUGAAUUAUUUUAUUUGUAUAACAAUUUACUGUGCGACUGACAUUUAUGAUCUCAGCCAAUCUGUUUAUUAGUAAUACAAAGAUUUUGCGGUGACUACUGCUACUCUUUUCAGCAACUGUUCUACUCGAUUAGCUUUCUAAUGUGAUCCUUUGGGAAGCGCUGUUGAAGAGAGACACCAAUAUGUAAGUUCCCUACCCCUGCAUCAACAAGACGACUUGGAGCUCCGUCUAGAAUCGAAUUUUUACUUGUGAACUUUUCCGCUUUGUGUUUUGCCUCCAGAGCUUUUAUCUUUAUGGAGCACAACCACCAAAAUGUCUGAAGAUAUUUAUCACUAUAAUGGUAAUCGGUCUGCUGUGUCAGGUUAUAGACAGGUUCAGGAUUGGCCUAAAGGCCCGCCACAUUACAUGACAAGACUAGAGAAGGUCCGGAAUGGAAAAGAGAAAUAAUAUACAGUAAAUGUGAUGAACUAAUUUUGUUGCUUUGUAUAAAUGAUUUCUAAAUAAAUUAAAUUAAUAAAAAUG